UUUGACAUUCGUUUGAGCCGAUAGCCAGGGCUCCGAAUCUACCUUUUAUCUAUUAAUUAUUAGUGAAAAACAUAAUUUGGAAUGGGUUAUAAAUUUCUAAACCUCGCUUCCUCGUCACUAAGGGUUAGUGGCUUUCGAAUUGCUACCAGACAUUAUGCAACAACCCAUGAUGCAGACAUAGUGGUAAUUGGUUCCGGACCUGGUGGCUAUGUAGCUGCCAUCAAAGCUGCCCAACUUGGCAUGAAGGUGGUGUCUGUAGAGAAAGAUCCUAGUCUUGGAGGAACAUGCCUAAAUGUAGGCUGUAUUCCAUCAAAGGCUUUGCUUCACAACUCACACCUGUAUCACAUGGCGAAACAUGACUUCAAACAUAGAGGCAUCAAUGUCUCUGACAUCAGUUUUGAUUUUAAAGCCAUGAUGGAUUAUAAGGCAAAUGCAGUUAAAGGUCUUACUGGUGGUAUUGCUAUGUUGUUCCAGAAAAACAAGGUGAACCUUGUACGUGGAGUAGGAUCCAUAGUUGCCCCAAACAAGGUAGAAGUCAAAGGUGAACAGGGUGUUGAGACUGUGAACACAAAGAACAUUCUUAUUGCAACUGGCUCUGAAGUUACACCCUUCCCUGGUGUUACGCUUCAGACCCAGGGGAAGCUGGAGGCAAGUGAGGUCAGGUUUGCUUCAGGCCUGCUGCUGUGUUGGGGAACCCACGUUUCACUACCGUAUAGUAGAACUAGUCUAACUGCUGUUUUAUACACCUUGCCUUUUGCCUUUAAUUUCUCAGGUGUGGGUAUCGACGGCGAAGUAGGAAAGACACUGCAAAAAAUUCUUACUAAACAAGGCAUGAAAUUCAAACUGGGUACUAAAGUGAUGGGUGUCAAGAAAGAGGGAAGCACUGUCAAAGUUGACGUAGAGGCAGCAAAGGGCGGCAGUAAGGAAACGCUGGAAUGCGAUGUGGUUCUCAUUUCUAUUGGACGCCGUCCAUACACUAAAGAUCUCGGUCUGGAUAAAGUUGGCAUCGCUCUGGAUGAUCGCGGCCGCGUACCUGUCAAUAACAAGUUCCAGACUACCGUACCUGGAAUAUAUGCAAUUGGCGAUGUAAUACAUGGUCCCAUGUUGGCCCAUAAGGCUGAAGAUGAAGGCAUUGUCUGUGUUGAGGGUAUCAAGGGCUUGCCAGUUCAUUUCAACUAUGAUGCUAUUCCAUCUGUGAUUUACACAUCACCUGAAGUCGGCUGGGUCGGAAAAAGUGAGGAGGAUCUAAAGAAGGAGGGUAAAGCAUACAAAGUAGGCAAAUUCCCAUUCCUAGCCAACUCGAGAGCAAAGACCAAUGGGGAAACAGAUGGUUUUGUAAAAGUGUUAUCCGACAAGUCUACAGACGUCAUUUUAGGAACACACAUUAUUGGACCCGGCGCCGGCGAAUUAGUCAACGAGGCUGUACUAGCCCAAGAAUAUGGGGCUGCUGCAGAUGUAGCAAGAGUAUGCCACGCACAUCCCACAUGUGCUGAAGCCCUGCGCGAGGCAAACUUGGCCGCGUAUGCUGGAAAACCGAUCAACUUCUAAUUUUAGAUGUAAUUGUACAAAUAAUAAAUGUUAACUCACAACAUCCGAGUCGUGUUAGUAAUGUAUUCUAAUUAAGUUGGUCUGCCUUAAGGAAUCUUGUAUGAAUCUGAGUUGAACAGUUUUGGAUAUUAAAGUAAUUUAUGUCGUCGUAUUACGCCUUUUGUAAAUCACUCAUCUUAAAAGUUUAUUUUGAAUGUGUUCUAUGCGAAAUCUUUUUAUUUAUUGUAAUCAGACACAACUGAUUAUGUGAUAUUUGUUUUUAAAAUAUUUAUUUCUGAAAUGUUAUUUUGUGUACUAUAUAAUUUCAUUCCGUUAUGUUGAGAACAACGUCCUUGAUAUAACAUUUAC